ACUUCUUCACCUCUACCGUCUAUAUCUUGACCAUUUCCAUCUUUAUCAAUUUUUCAAUAAUCGUUGAGAUAAGUUAAUUGAAAAUUAUGUGACAUAAUCACGUCACACAACACUUUCAAAAUGAUAAUCCGUCGUCCAAUUAAUCCACUAUAUCCACUAAUUUUUUUACCACAUUGUCCAGCUUAUUGGUCCAAAAUGUAAAUCCCUUAAACUUUCCCCCUACCUUCCCCCGGUCAGGGUCAACAUGAAAACUCCGGAUGUUCAAAGGAUUCCAGUUUUCCGGAAAAGAUUAAGAUUAACUCUUAGGUAAAAUAUCUGGAUCAUAAGAACCCUUCAACUUGGAUCAGAAGAUUAGUUUUACUUUGAGUUUAAGUUUGUGUAGAUCUUUUCAACUUUCACACUUUUAUUAUUUCCAUCAUUUUAAUCACUUUCAUCAUCAUCUUCAACUCGUUCUGUGACAAUGGAAUCAACACCUUCAACACCUUUUGACCGUAGACCACCUUUCAUGCCUAUGUCAUUCCAGCCAAUGUCUAUGCAGCCAAUUUCAAUCCAGCCAAUUUCAAUCCAGCCAAUGUCACCAACACCCCCAUCAGUCUUUAACCACAGACAACCUGUUCAUUCCAUGCCAAUGGUACCAAGGCUUAAUCAAUUUCCACCGAACACAUCAAUGCCUAGAAUGCCAGAAUAUAAUAUGGGACCAUUUGGACUUAAUCGAAGUAUGGAGGAGAUAAACAAGCAAUUGGAUUGGUUUGUCGAUUAUAUGUAUUCAACUGCAAGGUUGAGACCAAACGUUCCUUCAGCUACAGCAACAUUAGGCCAACCAACUCCUUUCAGUCCAGCUAGUCAAUCUGGAUCUAGUAAUUUGGCUCCUGGUUUACCAGGGUUACCAGGGUCAUCGAUGCCUUUUUCGUCCGAAAACAGUGCCGAGGAAAAUAAAGUAGAACUUCUUAUUAAAGGUUGGAUUGCUAAGAAAUUGCAAGAAACUGAUUUAGCCCCACUUCCACUAAAGAAAGGUAACCAUGAAGGUUUAAACUUGACUCAACUCGAAGAAUCAACCGUUAGAUGUUUGUACAAUGUAUUCAAUUGGUUGAACCAGCCGCCAUCCCUUGCUGGACUCAAUUCUGCCGAAUUCUCUCCUCUCAAAUUUAACCAAUUUUGCUGUGAAAAAUUAAUGGCUGCAUGUAUGUAUCUACCUGGACACUCUAAAUUAUCUUUCACAGAUCGAUACAUGUUGGCAAAUUAUGGCUGGGCAAAUGCACUAUCGGUUAAAAAUCAUCUUUUAAAGCUAGCGCGAGUUAACACUUGGCAAAAUGGAAAUCAAAAGCAUGAUUCUUCAAACCCUGCAUCUGAUCACUCGACCUUUUAUGACCUUUGCGCUAACCCUACUGUAUUUUGUAUUUUGGUCGCAAUCAUGAUUUACAAUCCAGAUCUUGUGAAUUUGCAAGCAAUUGAAUUUAUUCGAUUUGAACAAUAUUCAUAUAUUUAUUUAUUGAAAAGAUUCCUGGAAGACACAUUAGGCAAUGCUGAACGAGCCAAGCUGGAACAUUACAAGUUGAUCUACACUAUCGAGAAGAUCAUGAUUAUACGACAGCAGACGAUGUACAUUGAACAAUUUAGACGAAUUCAAGAUUAGAUUUUCUGGCUUCGAAUGGACCCAAAUUGCUGAAAAAAUGCUGAAACUGUAUUUUGAAAACCCGAUAUUUCGACGUCAUGUCAAGUGACAGAGUUUUACUUAAAUCAUCUCCCAAUCAAAUCAUAUUUUUACAUUCUACUUGAAAUCCAUUGUGUGUCAUGAAUGCAAAUCACUCAAUGCUCAAUCAUAAUCGCUUAAUCUUAAUCUGAUUUUGACAAUUCUGGAUUGAACGCUUUAUUAAACGGAUCUCAUAAUCUAAUAAAUAAUCAUUAUCUAGAAAGGA